CUAGAAAGUGUUUGUACAUAACCGCUCGAUAUCAACACCAUUUCUUUCUAUACAUAUACGCACUCGCGUUCUUUUUUCACAUUAUUAUAUCCGCCACUCGCAUUAAUCCAUUUUUAAAAAACAAACACCUCCCAUCAUUGUAUCAAGUAGUCCAUUCCAUACCAAGGCAAACAGCAUAUAAAAAAUAAUGUCAGCAUCCACUUUAAGCAAUAACGUGGAAGAUCGCCAAUGGAACGAACUUCGAAGUCACGGGAAUCACCGUCCCAUUCGUGAUGAUGGCCAUCCCAAGACUCCCUCCCGGACGGCUUUCAAAUCGACUACGCCUAUCAAGACGUCUAAUCAUGAAAAGACAUACUAUAUCAAUGUGACAGAUGAUUUAUGCCCAAGUACUACCCUACCACCCUACCGCCAAGCCUACAAAAGCACUUCUGAUGCAGAAGAUCCGUUUGCGGGUAUGAAUGCGGUUGUGGAUUAUCAACAGGAGAUUGAGCGACUCAAAGUGGCACUGGCUCGAUCAGAUCCCAAGCUCAAACGACCACCGCCUACCGAAAACGAAGCACCCUCGCCGGCCAGCGAACCAUUUGUCUCUGCCGCCGAACAAGAGCGGUUCAUUGCUUUUAUGCGAAUGUGGACAGGUGGUUCUCAGCGCUGGAACAAUUGCUCCAGAUGCUUUUAAAAUCCGUAGAACCACCCACCUACCCCCCUACUAUAUACAAAUGCUAGCAUUUCAAUACCAUCAUCGACAAAACUACUAUCAUUUCCACCGAUUUGUACUCCUUUCCUUCUCUUAAAACUAAUAUCCAUCCACAUUACAUCUAUACAUAGUUUUUUGUUUGUUCCUUAUUUCAUUUGUCCAGUGCUGGCCGUGCAUCGGAUUUUCUGAGAAAAAGUCAGCCCGGAGGUCCGGAUUUCGGAGUGACGGCAUAGGCAGCCCUGAAGCAUUUUUUAAGUGUUGUGGAGGCAGCUACUCUUUAGCGUAUAACGAUUUUCUCAGAGUUACACCAGAGGCUGUCUAGAUUAAAC